CUGACGGGUAGUCGGGGGGGAAUCAUCGGUAAGAAUCAUUUAUCAGGAGUUAUCACCGGGGCCUGAACGCCUCACAGCGCGAGAGCCUCAAAGAGACACGAGGGUACCGAACUGAAACGAACGCGUCGGCCUGGAGAGCACCUGAACGCAUCUGAUGGACUAGGACCACUUCUGGUACCUAGAAAAGACUUUAGAGGAACCAACACCACGUCAGGUCUCACUGGACCAGGUCUCUCUGGACCAGGUCUCGUCUGGCCGCCGGUCAGAAGGCGGUAAUGGGCGUCGGCUCCUUGGGCCUCGUGGUCCUGUGGCUGCUGCCGCUGACGUUGGGUCAGAACCAGACCGCCAAGUCCACCGAGGACCGGCCGACGCCCCGGGGGAGGGCCGGCUGGAGGUCGGUCUCAGAGCUCGCAGGCAAAGCUUCGCCGGCGUCCACGAUGUCGGCGCCGCCCGGCUCCACGCCGCCUCGGUCCCACGGCUCCACGGAGGGCAGCGAGUCCACGACGGAGAAACCGUCGAACGCCACGCCGCCGAGCGACUCGACCGGAACCACGAGACCGCCGGGCAGCUCGGCCCAAACUCCCUCCGCCGCAGAUGGGCCGACCCAACCGCCCACACGCCCAACGCCGUCUACGAGCCUCACCCCGACCACCUCUACCGGACCCGCUGAGAACCAAACCGCCAGUACGAGCCCGGUGCCACGCGGGACGCCAAGGGCCACGCCGAAGACGCCAAGGGCCACGCCGAAGACGCCAAGGGCCACGCCGAAGACGCCCGAUGGGUCGUACCACGGUAAAGUGGUGGCGGGGCUGAUCGGCGGCGCCCUGCUGGUCAUGGUGGUGGGAUUCCUGCUCAUCUACGUCAAGAAACGGCGGCUUCAGAAGCAGCAGAUGGAGACCGGCGACUGGGCCGGGCCCUCGCCGUUCCUGGCCGGCGGAGCCAGCGGCCCGGCUGCGGCGGCGAGGCCGUCCAACCGGCUCUCCCUCGCCGGCUUCCUGAGGCUCUCCAGGAGGCUGUCGGCGCUCCCCGAGACCGGCGAGGAGUUCGUCAUGGUGACCACGUUCGGAAGGAAAGCGAGCUCGCUCCCCCGAGAGGACGCCGGGGCGGCGGGGCUCCGGAGCAACGGCCACGCUCCAGAGACGGCCGAGCACAACAACAACACGUCGGAGCAGGGCGGCGCCGCCUGACGACCACACAGGAAGCCGCCUCGCCGUGUUUGAGGAACGAGAAAAGAGAGAGAUUCUGUUCAACGUGACAGAGACAAAGAUCCUAAAUCAUGAGAAGAUGCACAGCGCGAUGUUUAAGUCAGGAAUCAAGUUUUUAUGAGACUCGUGAAUGUUGAGCAGAUUGUUUUGUACUUUUUGGUUUUGAUGUCACUUUGCACAUAUUAUUAAAUAUUAUUAAAUACUUCUCAGCCUCUCAGGAACAAAUUAAACAUCUUCAAACCGA